CAACAACAACAACUCUCAAGAUACCCAAAAGCAUCUGAACUUCAGCUCAAUCACCUCAACUCAUCUACAAGAUACCCAAACACUUUUACCAACUACACCAAAAACAACAAUCAUCAUGUCUGGUCUCAUCAACAAGGUCAAGGAAGCUAUCCACUCCGACAAGGACAAGAAGCACGACUCUACCACCCACGGCACUCACGACACCCACAACACUCACAGCACUCACUCUUCUGGCCUUCCCGAGGGAACUGCUGGUCCCCACAGCAGCCGUGCUGCCAACGCCGCCGACCCCCGAGUCGACUCCGACUUGGAUAGCUCUCGACGCACUGGAGCUGGCCACACCACUGGUGGUCUAGGCUCUACCACCGGCACUGCUGGCCACACCACCGGCCACACUACCGGCGGAAUUGGAUCUCACUCUGAGAACAUGCCCGGCCACUCUACAGGACUUGGCUCUACCGGCCACUCCUCUGGUCUUCCCGAGGGCAGCGUCGGUCCCCACAGCAGCCGUGCUGCCAACGCUGCUGACCCCCGUGUCGACUCUGACUUGGACAGCUCCCGUCACACCGGAGCUGGCCACACCACCGGCGGAAUUGGAUCUCACUCUGAGAACAUGCCCGGACGCACCUCUGGCAUGACUGGCACCGGCAUGACCGGAACUGGCCGCCACUCCGAGAACAUGCCCGGUCACUCCACUGGACUUGGCUCUACCGGCCACUCCUCUGGCCUGCCCGAGGGCAGUGUCGGCCCCCACAGCAGCCGUGCUGCUAACGCUGCCGACCCCCGUGUCGACUCUGACCUUGACAGCUCUCGCCGCUCUAGAGGUCUUGGUGGUAACACCUACGACCAGACCACCACCGGUACUUCUGGCUUUUCCAGCCACGGUGCCGGUGCUCACGGUCCUACCGGCACCCACACUGGCACCCACAGCUCUGGCAUGACCGGUGCUCACUCUGGUUCUCACAUGGCUGGCAACACCGCCUAUGACAGCACCAACCCCGGACCUGCUCCCAAGACUGCUGGUCCCCACAAGUCUGACAUGCUCAACAAGGCCGACCCCCGCGUCGACUCCAACCUUGAUGGCAGCAAGACUCUCGGAAAGGAGAAGACCUUUGAGACUUCCGAUCCCAACUUUGCCGGCCGUGACCCUACCGAUGCUACUCAAGUCCCCCCUUCCAUCAUGCAGAAGCAUGUCCCUACUGAGAUCGCUCACGACAACCCUGAGUCCGACCAUGGUCGUCGACACAGCAGCACCACCAAGGAGCACCACCGUGGCCUGUAAAUGGAGGGAAAUGAGAUUAAUGACUGUUAAUGGAUAUGUAUAGCAACAUUUCUUUAAUGAAUAUUAAUGAAGUAUUUUCUAUUUAAACAAAUUCUCCUCA